GUAUCAUAACAAAGAAAAUUUCGCGAAUGAAGUUCAUUUUAACGUUUGCAAAUAAGCAAAAUGUGAUAAAUGCGUAAUUAAUAAAAUCACAUUUAGCACAACAAAAUGGACAAGUCCAGCGCCUAUGAGAAAUUCACUGGCCAUGUUGACCAACUGCGUAAUACAGAAUGCAGCCAAAAGCAAAAGAUUGCCUGCUUCCAGCAGAUUGCCGAGUGCAUCAUGUCAGCAGCUUUGGCCGGUCACAUCAAUUAUGCCGCACACUGUGGCACAGCCACCAAUGUGUUGUUGCUCUUUUGCGAGGAUUUCGAUUCGGUGGUGCGCAUGAGCGCCGAGGAGAACCUAAACAAAAUCUUUCGUGCCUUGGAAAAGACGCGAGUCAGUCGCAUCUUGAUGGAUUUGUAUGGUGAAAUCAAGCGGAAUGGUAAUCAGCGAUCGCUGCGCAUAUGUCUGAAUCUGUUUGCAUACUAUGCGCCGCAAAUCAAGGAGAAGCACAUCAAAUGGUAUGCUGUGCGCCUGCUGCAAUGCAUGUCCAUCAUGUCGCAGCGCAAGGAGACGCUACUCCAGGAGACACUUAGCGAUUUUGUCAAGCAUUUUGGACGUUACGUGCAGCAUGGUCUCAACGAUAGCGAAACGUGCAAAUUGCUUGAGACAUUCCUUGGCAACAUCAGCUCGGAUUGCGCGGUGAAGCGUCGCUGCUCGGCACAAAAUUGCAUCAGCUUGAUUGAGCAUGCGCGCAAUAGAAGCCUUAUGGCCAGGCAUGGACUGAGCAAAGUGAUUGAAAUGCUACUGAUGGAUCAACAGACGAGCUGCGUGCUAGGCGCCUUGGGUUUACUGCGUCUGCUGCUGCCGCAGCUUAUACGCGGCUACUCGUCGGAUUACCAGGAUGAUGGCGACACCGUGGCGGAUGCCGGACAACAGCAGCAACAACAACUGGCAGCUGCGUCCGAUUGCCGGCAAAUUAUUGAAAUUUAUGAUUAUUGUUUGCACCUGCUGAGCACGCAGCACACAGCGAAUCACGCCAUCAUAAAUGCCGCACUGGAGGUCAUCAAUGGCAUACUGCAGGCGCUACAGGAAGGCCCACCAGCUGCGACACAGGCGUCGGGGCAGGCAGGCUUUGGCGGACUGGCGCAAAGUUUGCGCCAACUGCUGUGCAAUCAACAACUGGAGCACAAUGAGUAUUUGCGGCGAAGGAAAUCAUUAAAAAAUCAAAUAUUCCAAUUGAAAAAUUACGAAGUGGGUACAAGUCAACAAGAGCAGGCAGCCGGCGGUACGGCAAGGCAAAUGCAAAUGGCGAAGAAUUCGAAUGCCAAACUGCAGCAGCAAAAGUGUCAACAGCAACAACAACAGGAGCAACUGCAGAUUGGCAACAACUCGCUGCAAGUCGUGGGAAUUAAUGCCACGGCUGAUGAUGCUGACACCGAGGAAGAUGCUGCUGCAAGUUCCGCUGCUGAUGAAGCAGUCAAAAAAACAUCGCGACAUCAAAUUAGAAAUGCUGCACGAAGCAUUAGCGAAUGCGUGGCAAGCAACGCAUCAGAUGAGGAGGAACUCCACCAGCAAGCCCUUGAUGAUAACGACGAUGAUGGUGACGAUGAUAUGGAGCUGCUAAGUGCCAUUGCGGAUGAUGAGUACGAUGAUGGCUUCACAAGGCUUUCGCAACUAAAUGAGGCACAACCGACUGUGUCAGCGGCAUUGAAAAUGCCAAAUAUAACAGCUGCUGCGGCAACAGCAACAAUAGCAGCUGUGGAUGUGGAUGUUGCAUCAAAGCCUAAACCUCAGGCCGUGCAGCAUCAAUCGUCGCUGCAGAAUCUGCUUGCCAGCGAUGACAGAUCCCAGCAUUUGAGUGACAUCGACAAUGAAUCCUUCAACAGCAUCGAUUUCGAUGCGGAAAUAACAAUUGCUGGCGUCAGAGAGCAACAGACAGCAGCAACAGCAACAACAACGACAACAGCAACAGCAACAUCAAUAAACGAGUCAGUAGAGUCAAUGCCAGAUGCAACAGCAAUUGGCACAUUCUUCAACAAUUUGUUGUCCCAUUCAAAUGCAGCGUCGGAGUCGGUCAGUAAGCUCUUUCGUCAAUCAAGCGGCCCCAAAUCCACGCCAACCAAGUCGACCCCAACCACUGAUAAAUCGGAUGCAGCAUCGACGGCUUCCCUGACGCUCUCGUUGAGCUCGUUGGCCAGCAGCAGUGCAGCUGGGCUGCAGGAGCACCAGUCUUCAAUAACAGAGACGCCCACGCCCGUGGAGGAGACUACAGGUUCGGCCAGUAACUCGUACACGGCAUCCACGGCACUGCUGAUGGAUGUGCCGGCAUCUGCUGCAGCAGCAGAGUCUGAACUGGAGCCGCAGCUGCGUCGCACGCCCAAUGCUAAUCCCUUUCUGGCGGAGAGCUCACCGCUGAAGCAAACGAUAUCGGGCCGUGCGCUAAUCAGCGUGAAAAUUGGCAGCAUUCUGGAGCAAUCCCUUGUCUACUACACUUCACGGCUGCUCGCCGCGCGUUUCCUGCUGACCGGCCAAGCGGCCGGUCUGCACCCAGACAAUGUCAGUCGUGUAUCCAUCAAGAGCCUGUCGCUGGCCGUGAUGGCACAAUGUGUGCGCCUGGCUCCACGUGUGCUGCAACUGCCACUGGAGAUCAGCGAGCAGGAGCUGCAGCUGCUCGAGCAGGUCAGCGCCAACAGCACACAGGUUUCCAGUCCGCAGAGCAGCAACAACUCGCAGCGAAGCACGGAGCUGGACCAGUUGGCUAGUCAAUCAAUGACGAGUUCGCUGCUAGAGUCAAGCGUUGACAAUACAGAUAAUCAGCUGCUCCUUGAUAUUAAGGACGAUCACUUUGGGCCCAGCACCUGUCCCGCCUAUCUGCAACAAUCGCCCACGCUGAGUCGCAGCGCUGAUGCCGCGCUGCUGCAAUGCCAAUUGGAGGCUAGGCGCCCGUCGAAUCUACGACAGACAAGUGUGCCCGAUAGUCAACUAUCCAGAUCGGAGAUCAUAGGCAGCGCGUAUCGCGUCACAGUUGCCUCUGAGGAUGCACCGCCAUUGGCGCUGCCACCGCUGCCGCCCAAGCGUACCAAAUCUAUGCGCAGUCGCGCCGGUUGCAACACCACAAUUGGAACGCCCUCGCCUAUGAUGACACCUAAGGCAAACGCUGGCGGUCAAGCUAUGUUGGAUGUGCUGCUCUAUCACGGGCACUGUGAUCCCAUGUUGCGCGGCGGCGUUCAGCAAAUUGUGGGCAACUUUGUGCAGUCAAGCAGUGCCGGUCGCAGCCUGCAGCUGCAGCCUGGACUCGGGCUGUCGCAUUUGCUGGCCAUUUUGCUAAAGGGCUUUGAGGACGAGAUACACACAGUGGUCAUACAAGCGUUGAAUGCAUUCGAUAAGAUAUUUCCGCAUGUGGUGUCCAAAUAUUUGACAGGGCCGCCAUGUCAUUAUCAUGCUCAUCAGAAGCGACAGCAGUUGCAGCAGCAGCAGCAGCCAAGUGGACAACAAAAGGGUCCCGGCCAGGCCCAAACAUUUGGCCAACAAACUUUUCCAAGGAAUCUGGAUAAUGCCUUAAGCAGUCAGCAGCAGCAGCAGGAGCAAGAGCAGCAACAAUGGCACUCUAACGAUGACAACUCGAGGGCAGACGAGGCCAGGAUAUGUGCCAGGUCGUCAGCCACUGAUAAUGAUGAGCUGCUAGCUGCUCUUUUGAAUGAUUUUCAAUUGCAAUCGAAGCGCAUGCAGCAGCAUAGCAACAACAACAGCAAUAGCAACAACCACUAUAAUGAGCCUGGCCCCUGCUGUGUGUUUGCCAUUUCACCAAAAUUGCUCUUGAACAAACUUCGAUUGUGUCGUCACAAUAAAUACUGGUUGGUCCAGAAUAAAUAUGCCGAAGUUAUUUCCAAUUUAAAUUACGUACUGCUGCGCUCCUACUACGCAAAUUUCGACAGUGCCUUUGACAACAAUAACAACAACGACAACAACAACAGCAACAACGACUCUAAGUUGGAGCCAAAGGAUCAUCGGCCAGCUACGCCUGACGCCUGCAACUGGAACACGGCCGCUUGUAACAAGGACAUUGUCUGCACAUAUGAGGCUCAAUUCCUGGACGAACUUCUGCAGCUGCUGGGCGACGAUGAUGCGCGUGUAAGGGAGCAUGCCGCCCACUGUCUUUGCCGUUUUAUAAUGCAAACAGCGCGCCAAGCGGAGCCACCGAGCACAGCAGCAGCAACAACUACAUCAACAACAGCAGCAACUAGAGUUGAGGAGGGCAACAUGAAUGCUGAAACUCAACAAACUAAUUUCAAUUUGCUUUGGGAUUUUUUCGACUAUCGCAUAUUUGGCAGCAUGUCCGUGACGUUGCGUAAUUUAUUCCGGGCUAGCUCAACGAUUGCCCCGCCAAUGGCAGCCCUGGAUGCUGUGGAGCACGGUCACGGGCCGUAUGCUGCCACCGCAGAAGCUGUUAUUGGAGUUGGUGGCACCACAAUUGCGAUGGGUGGUGUUGUAGGUGCAGCCGCUGCGGCGUCGGCCUACUUUGAUGGCAGUUACGGUGUCGGCAUCGCUGACGGCCAUGUUUUUGCCAUUGGAUUUCUACGUCAAAUUGCGCAAGAGGAAAAAGUUUUGGCCAAAGUUUUGUAUCGCAUGACAAAUAAAUUGAUGACGCUCAAUGAUAAAAAUUUGCAGUUUGGCAUAAUUAACGCGCUGCGGUUGCUACUAAAGCACUUCAAUUUUGUUGACUAUCAACAGGCCUGGACGGAAUUCAAUUUUAUUGAGAUUUGCAUGAGCUACGCCUAUUACAACAGUGCAACAGCUGGCGACUUGAAUUGUCAGAACGAUUUGAUUGAUGUGAUGGCCAAAUUAAUAGCAGGUGGCAUGUUAAGCACGGGCGAGGCACCGCCCACAGCCCAGCUGGACUUUCUGCUGCGUCACUGCGUCAAGCUGCUCAACAUUUACUAUCAUCUGGUGGGCAAUCAGCGUCCAGUGCAGCCGAGCGGCAGCAGCAGCAGCACCAGCAGCAGCGUUGGCAGCAACAACACCAAGCCUUCCAAGACCGUCAAGAGCGAGCUCUUCACGCUGAGCGGCAGUGGCAGGGAGACGCUGGCGGCGAUGCAGGCGAUGGGUUACUUUGCCAGCGAUUACGUUUACAUGAAACUUUACAACAUUUUAAGAGGUGCUAAUGACAGCUACAAGAUAACCAUAAAUCACGAAGCUGGCGGCUUAUUAAUUUGCCUGCUGAAGACCUGCCUCAACGCGCUGAGCCUGUGCCUGGAGGCAUCGACGCCUCCGCCAUCGCCAUCGCCGCCGGCGCCUGCGACCGCAACGCUUGCAACUGCAAACGCGUCAGCUCUGAAAUUAAUUGAAGAAAUACUACAGUAUUUGACCAAGCUAAUAAAUUAUGCGCCCGGCGAGUGCGUUGCAUGUCUGCGGCAACUGCUGAAAUAUUUAUUUGGCCAAAAUUAUGCAAGCCAAGUGCAGAGGCAGCCCCAUGGAUACCAUGCCACAUUUGUGCGUCCCUACUUUGUGGCCAAGCGCUCUGCCAGUGCCAGUGCCAGUGUCUGUGGCGUCUCUACAUUGUUGCUAGCAGCUUCUAUAGGCUCGACAACAACAGCAGCACCAACAACCACAGCAGCAGAAGCGACUGCAACAACCCAACAACUAAUUGCAACGCAGCCUGCUCUGGGCGCGCUUUUUGUGCGAGGCAUGCAGCCGGACGCACCGCCGGCGGGUGACUGCGUCCGGCUUAUAAAGCUGUUCGAGCCGCUGGUCAUCUACUGUUUGACGCUCUACAUGAAGUGCAAUGCGUUGAUACAGGCGCCCAUAUUGAAGCUACUAUCGCAGCUGCUGGACCUGAAUGUUACCUACAGCAUACUGGACUCAAAGAGCGUUAUUUUUGAGCAAAUACUAAACAAUUUAGACCUAAUUGAAAGUGGCAUCGACAGAAAUGCGCCCAUAAUAGUGCCAGUUAUGCUUAAAUUUCUCAUGCAGCUGACACACAAGAGCGAUCGCCAGCUCAUAACCAUACCGAAGAUCAUAAGCAUAACUAACAAUUUGUUGGCCAAUGGCGCUGUGCGAGAUGUGGCGCUGCUGGCGCUGAAAACGCUCAGCUACGAGCUGUUCUUUAUGCACAGUCCGCUUGACGCGGCGCUGGACGAGGAUGCGUCGGCCCAACAGCAGCGGCGUGGCAGCUGUCAGAGUCCGCUGACUGCUGUGCCGACGCAGGACACAAAGGAGGCGUUGCUGGCGCAACGGCGCGAACUGGACACACAAAAGGAAGUUGUGCUGGGCAUGCUGGAGAAGUUCAUUGAUGCUCGGGCCGUGCAACAAUUGUUGGCACUACUGCUGCUGUACGAGCGCAGCUUGCAACAUUUGGAUGCGCCCAAAUAUCUAAGCGCACAGGAUGCGAAUGUACUUUAUGGAAUGGUAUGUCGCUCGCUUGCCACCGGACAGCUGCGACUGCACACAUUUGGUGAUCUGCGGGUGCUGGAAAGCUGCUUUCGCAACAAUGGCAACUAUGUCCUGGCCGACAGCAAGGAAUUUCUGCACUUGCUGCAGCUCUUCAUUGAACAGGACGUUGGCAACUUUGGUGAUUUAGCACUGGCAGUGAUUAUGCUGGCAAAUGUAAUCCUGAAAACCGAAGAAAUUUAUCUGGUGAAUCACAUAAAACUUUAUCUGAAAAAUAAUCCAACGGCCGAGCGACGGCUGCAGGCCGCAGCAGCAGCAGCAACCGCAGCCGCAGUCACAUCAACAACAGCAUCGGGCCCAGAAGCAACCACACUCCACUGGCAGGAUGAAGCACCUUCGACAUCUUCGGCAGCUGCUGCUGCUAGAGCCACCGCUGCAGCUGCCACCGCCUCCAACCGGAGUGCCGCGCGACCCACCAUCAGUGAAAUUAACUACUUUGCUAAAGUUUUGAGCGAAAAGCUGCUCGGCUGCCUGGAUGCGCUGCUAGCUCAGGGCUCUGGCUCAACCCUGGCCGGCCAUGCCUACUGCCAACUGGCCGGGCGGUUCGUUAACGCGCUGCACAAUGUUUGCUGUCGCUCACGGCAUAAGGAUGCAUUGCAAUCAGUUUUUCGCUUGGUUCUGGCCGAAUCUGAAUUUCUCUGUAAAUACUACAAUUUACUCCUGAUGAGCGCCGAGGGCGGCGAUGCCCUGGAGCCCGUUUUGCUGGCCUGCCUCCAGCUGAUGUUGUCCAUGCGCCUGCUGGAGCCGAUGGUGCUGCUGGGGCAGGCAGCGGAGCUGCCGUUAAAAUGGAGCCUGCAGCGUGCAAUGCUCUAUGAAGUUUGCCAGGAAAGUGCGACAAUGGAUUGGAGUCCGCAACAAGUGCGCCGCCUGUGCGCCGGCAAGUAUCUGAAUUUCCUAAUUGCUGACCACUUGGAAUUCCUUAGCGAGCUCUGCCAAGUGCGUCCCGAGUGCGGCUCAUUACUGCUGGCGGCGCUGCUACGCCAUUCGCACAACUUGAACAAACACUCGAUACGCAGCAUCUUGCGUCUGCUGUGCUGCAUUUGCGUGCCGCAGCAGCAGGACAAUACGGCGCUCACAUUGCAGGCGCUACAGCUGCUCAGUCGGCUCCAUCAGCUGCACGACGGCCAGCGGGCACUGCAGCUGCCCAUGGAGCGCCUGGCACGAAGACUGGCCACCCAGAGUAGUCCGGCCACCAGGAGCAGCAUCUAUGAGCGACUCCUGCAAGGCGAACUGGCCGGAGACGAGGACCAGGACGAGCUGCGUACCAUGCUUCUGAAGGACUUGGAGUGCCCGCAGGACAAUAGCGCAGCUGCACCGCCGCGCAUAAUUGAUGAGAGCUGGCUCUUUGGCCAGCUAAUCAAAUUUGCCACACAGCACGCGGAGGCGCCACAACAGCAACAGCAGCUGAUGCGACUGCUGCUCGAGAUUCAAUCGGAGGCCAAGCUGCAGCGUUUGCUGCGCAGCCUAGGCCCUGUGCAGGAGGCUCGUCUACUGCGACAUGCACUCGAUGGCGCCUUGUCGUCCAUGGUAGCCGCCUUCAGGCAGAAGUGCAUCCAACAUGCGCCACAUAUUAACUAUAUGCAGCUGCCACCGCUGGCGCGUGUUGCCUGUGCUUCGCUCAUGACGCGGCUGGCCCAGACGCAGCACCUGGCAAUGGACAGCGCGGAGCAAUUGGAUGUGGCUCGGGCAUUGAGCACGCUGCUGGUGUCUAUACGGAGCCUGGAGCAAGCGGCGCUCAUUUACAUCGAUGCCAAGCACAUCGAGAAGUUUGUGGUCGAACAUUUGCUGCGCCCGGAGCAGUUGCCCGCACUGCUCGCAUAUGCGCGCCGCUUGGCCGUCGCCGCCGUGCAACUCCUAGAAGCUGGCAGAGAUCCAAAUGAUGGACUGGGCGCACUGCUGGGCUGCUUGGAUGAGCUGCUGCAGCAGCCACGCAUCUGGUGGGCACUCAAUGCCAGCAGUGAUGAAUUGCGUGUGGAGCUGCUGCAAGUGCCGGUGUAUGCCGCUUGCCACAUGCUGCAGGACACGGUUUUCUAUCAGCGACAUCGCCUGCAGAGUGCCCAGCCGCCAGCGCAAGCAAUUUUCCUAGCCAAAUUGAUUGAAACGCAAAUUGAUAUCGGUUGCUUGCUGCCGGCCAACGAAUUGGUUUACCUCCCGUUUGCCGGCCAUGAGUUGGCGCCGCUUCAAGUGCCGCUGUCCCUUAUCGCAUCCAUUGGCACCUCUCUGCUUCGCUUACAUCAGUUAUAUGCCUACGCAGUGACGCCCUAUGAGCUCGUCCUACAGCAGCAGCAGCAGCAGCUGCCACCGUCUACGACUGCCAGCAGCGAUGGCAAACUGCCCCCCAUACCUGUGGAUAGCCUCAGUGAUGUGGAUGUGCUGCGUCAGUUUGUGAAGCGGCUCUCCAUAUUUGGUUAUACCACACGCCAGCAGUUCGAGGAAUAUUUUAUGACCUUUCUGCUGCUGAUCAACAAGGAGUACGAUGAGCAUAUGGUCGAUCAGCAGGAACAGUUCCAGAUUAAACAGGUCUGCCUGCUGGCCAUCAUGGAGCUGCUAACAACAUAUAAAACUUUUCCCAUUGCCGGCCAUGGCAACAGCCAGUUCUAUCAUACCACACGCUGGCAGCGCAUCAAUUGUGACAGCAUUAGCCUGAAGAAACUACACAAGGUGCAGCUGCUUGUUGAUGCCACGUGCAACGUCUUCUACCUGGCCAAUCUGGAGCGGCAGCCGAAGACGGACAAUGUGAUUGGCACACGCAACUUUGCGGCCAAUCAAUGCGAUCUUAAUUUCAGUUGGGCCCUAAUGGAGGCAUACGCCCAAGCGCCUCCAUAUGGUGGAGAGGCUGCGGCCGAUGAGGCAGAUGGGGCAGGCAGCGAGCUGGGCAUACGGCGGCAGUCGACUUGCAACAACAUGACUGACACCAACUGGCGCAACUAUCGACAUUAUGUGCAGCUGUCUGGCAUCGACUUUCGCAGCAGCACGCAGCUGGUCUUUGACGUGCUGCAGCAGAUGAUCGAGCAAAAUCAUGUUCUGGUGCUGCCGAAUCUGGUCAAAUUCUGCGAAAUCUGCGAGAGUCGUGAUCAAAUCAAGUGGAUUAAGGAGCGAACACUGCGACUGCAAGACCAAAUUGCCAUGGACGAUACCAUAUCACAUGAGCACAUAAUCUACUUACUGUGCCGCACGCAGGCCCUUCUGAUACCCAGCUACGGUGAGCUGCAGCAUUUGGCCGCGCUGAUUGGGAACGUCUAUUUGAAGAGCUCGCAUUGCUUCAUACGCAUUGCUGCCCUCGAGGGUCUGCUCUGUCUGCUCGAAUGCUGCAGCCGAACCAACACGGCGAUAGGCAAGCUCAGUGAUGAGCUCACAUUGCUCCGUGACUUAAUUGUUGGGUACAUCAAUCGUCAUGGCAUCAUUGAUGAGAGCCCCCUGCAGUUCAGUGAUGCACAUACCAAACUGGUCUGGACGCUCAAUUACAGCCUGAUCGAGUGGACAUCGAAAUUUGUGCCGCAAUGCCAUUUGCUCUCGAAUACAAUUAUUGCGGCCAAUAAUUUCCUGAAGAAGACACAAAAUGAGGAGCUCUAUCUGUGCGUGCUGCAUGGUCUCGAGCGCAUCGUGGUGAAUAGCGGCUGUGCGAGUGCAGCGCCUACCACAGCUGAAGCCACCGGAAGUGUUGGGGGUGGUGGAGCCGGCGAUGCAGGUCCUGGAGCUGGAGCUGUGGUCACACCGCAGUUGCGACAUAAAAUUGAAAAACUUGCGCUCGAAUUGCUGAAAAUGGAAAAUGAGAAAUUUUCAAUUCCAGCAUUGAAAUUGCUUUUGUCCUGCAUGUAUGUGGGCUCGUCGACUCAACUGGAGAACACGGAGCUAUCGAAUGGCAUUGUGCAGGAUGAUCCGGAGAUAAUCGCGCUGCAAAGCGAUAAAGUCGAUAUACUUUUGCAUUGUAUUAAAUCAUCGAGUCGAGACGCCGCCUGGAUUUAUGGACAAGUACUGUGCCAAAUUAUACGUGAUUUAGUGCCGCCAAAUGAAAUAUUGACGAAGGUCAUAAAGGAGUUCCUGGCCAUAAAUCAGCCGCAUGGCGAUGUUAUUGCCACGAUUGUGUAUCAGGUGUUUCGCUCGGCCAUCGACUCAUCGUUCCUGCAAAUGCUGCAGGACUGGCUGAUCUGUACGCUGCCAACAUUUUUGGCCCAGCCGGAGCAGCAAGGUGUCUGGGGUCUGAGCGUCAUCUUUUUAUCCGCUUCCAUAAAUCUGCAUUUGAUUAAACUAUUUCCGCUGGUGGUCGGCAUUGGUGCCGCAUCCGCCAGCGGCAACGUCUCGACUGCCGCCUGCGCGGCAAUGGCACCACGGAAAUUGGGUCAACACGAAAUUGCAUUGUUCGUGACAGCUGCACAAGAUUUUCAUGCGAAAUUGAGUGCCGAGCAGAAGUUGCGCUUUCGCGAGGCCUUCAGGAACUACGAGCAGAGUCAGGUCUAUGCCUCCAUGUUGCAGCGGCUCUGAUAGCGUUAAAAUCGGAAUAGAGCACCCAAGGAUUUCGCAACGGAUUUGGCAAAAAAAAAAAACGGAAUAAGAGGAAAACAAAAACAACUUGCGCCCAGGACAAGCGCAAGCGUGAAUAACUAAUUGCUCUGCUCGGCUCGACGCUAACGCUUGCAAAGUUCAGACGGAUGUCCUCCAACUGCUUGUCGUCCUGCUCGAACCAGGCGAAAGUUCUUUAAUAGUUUGCGAAUCCAAAAUUAAUUUAUGGUUUACAUUAUGUGUAACUAAUAUUUAAAUUAUUGCCACCCCGCCCCGUCUCCCCUCCCCUACCCUCACUCUCUAUCCAACGCUUGCUUGAAACUUUAACGACCCGCAAUUAAUUCCUGAGACGCUGCUCCCUGCCGCCUUUUAGAAAAUUGUGUUCUUGUCGGUUAUUCGCGAAAGUUUUUUCAUUUAUGUAUUGGCUUGUUCAGGCUGAGCGGGAAGCGCAUGCAAUCAUUAGUAUGCCGCUGAAUCAAUUCCUAGUUAAUUUCAUUAAAAAUUCCAUAAUGCGAAAUUGGCGUGCACCCCAAAUAUUGUAACCAGCGAUCAACUUAUAUUCCAAUUGUAACUCAAAUGUAUUGUUCAGAGUUUACGUUUAUGCA